GUUUUUCGGAGCGUUCCUGAGGUGGAGAACGGUGGCCGGACGGAGAGACUGCGGGUCUGAGGGACUGGCGGGCGGGCGGGCCGAGCGGCGCCGCCGAGGCCGGGCUGGGCCGAGCCCAGGAGCGCCCGGGAUGUAGCGGGCCACCCUGCCGAUGCCACAGCGCCCGGCCGCGGGCGGAGCCGGAGCCGGAGCCUGGGGAGGCGGCGGGGGCCCAGAGCGCAGCCCGCGCCCCCCGCGCGGAGCCAGGCCCGCUGCCGUCCCCGCCGCCCGGGCCCCCGGCAUGCAGCCCCGGCUGCGGAGGUGACACUCACGGACCUUAGCCACCGCCGCCGCCAUCGCCACCAUGGACGAACAGGAGGCAUUGAACUCAAUCAUGAACGAUCUGGUGGCCCUCCAGAUGAACCGACGUCACCGGAUGCCUGGAUAUGAGACCAUGAAGAACAAAGACACAGGUCACUCAAAUAGGCAGAAAAAACACAACAGCAGCAGCUCAGCCCUUCUGAACAGCCCCACAGUAACAACAAGCUCAUGUGCAGGGGCCAGUGAGAAAAAGAAAUUUUUGAGUGACGUCAGAAUCAAGUUCGAGCACAACGGGGAGAGGCGAAUUAUAGCAUUCAGCCGGCCUGUGAAAUAUGAAGAUGUGGAGCACAAGGUGACAACAGUAUUUGGACAACCUCUUGAUCUACAUUACAUGAACAAUGAGCUCUCCAUCCUGCUGAAAAACCAAGAUGAUCUUGAUAAAGCAAUUGACAUUUUGGAUAGAAGCUCAAGCAUGAAAAGCCUUAGGAUAUUGCUGUUGUCCCAGGACAGAAACCAUAACAGUUCCUCUCCCCACUCUGGGGUGUCCAGACAGGUGCGGAUCAAGGCUUCCCAGUCCGCAGGGGAUAUAAAUACUAUCUACCAGCCCCCCGAGCCCAGAAGCAGGCACCUCUCUGUCAGCUCCCAGAACCCUGGCCGAAGCUCACCUCCCCCUGGCUAUGUUCCUGAGCGGCAGCAGCACAUUGCCCGGCAGGGGUCCUACACCAGCAUCAACAGUGAGGGGGAGUUCAUCCCAGAGACCAGCGAGCAGUGCAUGCUGGAUCCCCUGAGCAGUGCAGAAAAUUCCUUGUCUGGAAGCUGCCAAUCCUUGGACAGGUCAGCAGACAGCCCAUCCUUCCGGAAAUCACGAAUGUCCCGUGCCCAGAGCUUCCCUGACAACAGACAGGAAUACUCAGAUCGGGAAACUCAGCUUUAUGACAAAGGGGUCAAAGGUGGAACCUACCCCCGGCGCUACCACGUGUCUGUGCACCACAAGGACUACAGUGAUGGCAGAAGAACAUUUCCCCGAAUACGGCGUCAUCAAGGCAACUUGUUCACCCUGGUGCCCUCCAGCCGCUCCCUGAGCACAAAUGGCGAGAACAUGGGUCUGGCUGUGCAAUACCUGGACCCCCGUGGGCGCCUGCGGAGUGCGGACAGCGAGAAUGCCCUCUCUGUGCAGGAGAGGAAUGUGCCAACCAAGUCUCCCAGUGCCCCCAUCAACUGGCGCCGGGGAAAGCUCCUGGGCCAGGGUGCCUUCGGCAGGGUCUAUUUGUGCUAUGACGUGGACACGGGACGUGAACUUGCUUCCAAGCAGGUCCAAUUUGAUCCAGACAGUCCUGAGACAAGCAAGGAGGUGAGUGCUCUGGAGUGCGAGAUCCAGUUGCUAAAGAACUUGCAGCAUGAGCGCAUCGUGCAGUACUAUGGCUGUCUGCGGGACCGCGCUGAGAAGACCCUGACCAUCUUCAUGGAGUACAUGCCAGGGGGCUCGGUGAAAGACCAGUUGAAGGCUUACGGUGCUCUGACAGAGAGCGUGACCCGAAAGUACACGCGGCAGAUCCUGGAGGGCAUGUCCUACCUGCACAGCAACAUGAUUGUUCACCGGGACAUUAAGGGAGCCAACAUCCUCCGAGACUCUGCUGGGAAUGUAAAGCUGGGGGACUUUGGGGCCAGCAAACGCCUGCAGACGAUCUGUAUGUCGGGGACGGGCAUGCGCUCCGUCACUGGCACACCCUACUGGAUGAGCCCUGAGGUGAUCAGCGGCGAGGGCUAUGGAAGGAAAGCAGACGUGUGGAGCCUGGGCUGCACUGUGGUGGAGAUGCUGACAGAGAAACCACCGUGGGCAGAGUAUGAAGCUAUGGCUGCCAUCUUCAAGAUUGCCACCCAGCCCACCAAUCCUCAGCUGCCCUCCCACAUCUCUGAACAUGGCCGGGACUUCCUGAGGCGCAUUUUUGUGGAGGCUCGCCAGAGACCUUCAGCUGAGGAGCUGCUCACACACCACUUUGCACAGCUCAUGUACUGAGCUCUCACGGCCACACAGCUGCCGGUCGCCCUUUGCUGCAUGGCAGGGGGCUGCUGCUGGGCUCAGUGAAGUUGCUGCUUCUCCCAGGCAAGGCUGUGGACCAUGGAGUGGCAGCCCAGCCAGCGUCGGUCUGUGCCCCUUCCGCCACUGGGGCUCAGAGCCGGGGUGGGGUGGCUGCAGCCUCAGGACUGGGAGCCCCCAGCCUGUCAGAUCCAGGAGCUCCAGUGUCCUGAGCUCAGCGUGGAGGGGUAGGGGCUGGGAACAGUGUGCAAGGCAGCCGUGGGCCCCACCCUCGGGGAUGUGUCCUGACACUGCAAUUGGCACCGAAGCCCAGAGGGUCUGGGGGCACAAGACUGACGCCAGGGUAUGAAGAGUGUUAUUUUCAUUCAAAGUGUUAUUUUGUUUUUCCUUCCAAUGUCUGGAGACCACCAGGGCAUCUCUGGGCUGGAUGAGCUCCCACAAGCCUGAGGGAAAGGCCAGCACUCGCUAGCAGUGGCAGGCAGAGGCCCAGGCUGCCGUCCCCUAGAGUCCCAGGUUGGCUCUGCCAGUCCUGUCCUUUACCAAAGAUGAAUGAAGCAAAUGUCAUGCUGCCUUAUUCAGGGAAGGAGGAGCCUGUCCUGCCUGUGGCCAUGACCCUGCCUCUCCCAGGCAGGGGCCCGCGAUGUGGAACUGCUGCCACUGAGGGGGGAUCCAGUUUUGUCAAUGCAGUUGUCUCUGUUUUACAAGUUGGAGUCACUCUUAUGCUGUACCCAGUUUCUAAACUGGAGACUGUGUGUGCCCUCUGGGCUCUGAGUACCCCUGCUUUGGGCUUGGGCCUAGGCUGCAUUGGAAAGGGCUGAAGGUUGUGGCCUUUGUGCUCCUGGCCCAGCCUUUGUUCCCCACUGGAGCAGAAGGAGAUGGACGACACGGUGGGGGCAUCUGGCCCGGCCAGUGCCCUGAUCCCAGAGAGCCCGAGGUGUCUCAGGCUGCCUGAGUCGUGACCUGCUAGGCCAGAGCCCACUCCGUCUGGUAGAAGGGAAAGCCCAUGUGCUACCACCAGCUGUGUCCAAAACCGCCAGCUCUGUUCUUCCUCAGCCAGCCUCGCCCAUCCCCUUGAGGUCUCAGCCCCUUUCCCUUGUAGCUCCUCCCCUGGAGGGGGAAUGGCAGCAGGGGUUGGGGAAACAGCAUCUCCAAGCAGCUUAGAGUUGGCCAUAUUUACCUCAGCCUGGGCGCUGGUCCUUUCUUCCGGCCCCUCCCCUCCAAAAUGUGCCUAUUGCUAGAGCUCCUCCCUCUCAACACCCAGUUUCCUUGGGAGUUGUCAUUAAAGGAAAAAAAAAAAAAAAAAAAAAGCCAGUGCCCAGGGAUGGGCAUCUCCAGGGAGCUGGGGAUUAGUGCCAGGCAGCCCUGCCAGCCAUGCCUACAUCCCCAUGGGCACAGAACAAGCCAAAGCCUUCGUUGUAUGUUGACGAUGCACUUUUAUGAAUGUAGUUUCUAUCGCUGUUUUUAGCCUUUUCACAUCAUGUAAUGUGAGGCCUUGUACUUGUUAAUUUAUAUCUCAGAUCAUAUUUGAUGGUUUUUAUAUAUAUCAAUUCUAGACUGUUACAGGUGACGGACGCCUCAAGAGAGAGAAGAGAAAAUGAAAGCAGCUGGUUUUGCAGAAGUGUGUGUCGCAUGCGCCAGUUGGGCCUGGACCCUCCUGUGUCCAUCCCUGUUCCCCCAGGGGCUCUAUCAGCCCCUGUACCCCACACUGCCCUCUGAAGACAGCACAGGCUCCUGCUUCCACCUCGGCCCUUGCCCAGGGUGGGGCCUGGCCCUCAUCUUGACCAAAGCUGCUGUGUGGCAGCUAGGCCUCUCUACGACCCCAUCUUGGUGGCUGCACACUCUUCCUGGCCCGCACCCCCAUCCCCAGUCCCUGUUCCCCAAGAGGAUACAGAGCACAGUGCUGGCUGACUCAACUGUGCGUCCCAGGUUCAGGGUCUUACAGAGCUCCACCCCCUGGGGUCUUACCUCACUGGGAAUGUGUUUUGAAAAUGAAUUUGAAGACAAGCCAACAAACCCUGCACUCCAAAAAAGCAAAACAGACCCUAAUUUUUUUGUGCCAAAAACUGUGGACAUGCUGGCUCAGCAUCCUCAGGACCAAGUUGUUGCUUAAUUUAUUGUUUUUUAAUAACUAAUCCAGAUAAAAAGUUGUGGGGCUUCAGGGUGACCUGGGCCCAAAGGUUCUGAAGGGCAGUUCCUGGCAGCCCCAGGCUUGCUGUGGGAAGGGGCCGUGCCGUCACUUUCUCAUCAUUCCAUGGGGUGUGUCUGCCUGGGCCAACUCUGCAUGGAGAGGCCAGGGCUGGGGACAGUCCGCACUCUGCCACCCUCCUGCCCCUUCCACCCACCCCAGCUCUAUGUCUGUGUCUGAAUUGUGGAUCGUGCAGCCAUGGUUAUUGUGGAACUGUGGAACCUGCAGCCAUAGUUAUUUGACUAUAUCUUGACCGAGGGCUUGCAGUGCAAAGCCAGGCCAGUGUUGCGCAUUACUUACAAUAAAAGGGAUCAUUUAUA